GAGAGAGAGAGAGAGAGACACAGCAGAGUGUUCCCUGCGUUCAGUGGUGAUGAGUGGAAGUUAAGGACGUCUCUCUCUAAAUCAAUGUGUCACUCAAAGUGAACAGUUAACAGUGAGCAGCUGGAGGAUCAUUUGGACAGAGACUCCAGCAGGACAUGCAGUCACAUGCUGACCGCAGAGCAAACUUAAACCACACUUAAAGAACAUUUUGCACCAGGACACAAAAUGAGACUGUCACCCAUCAUCCUAUGACAGGAGACACGCCGGGGGACGGACAACAAGAAAGAGGGACAGAAAGGACAGGGGUGGAUCUGUGAUGACUUUCACUGCAGGGACAACAACAUCCAACCUUCCUGGAGAGAGACUGAAAGGAUAAAGCAAAGAGAAAGAGAGAAAGAGCCAGGUACAUCAGCACACCAUCCUGCACAAAGACACAUCUCAGAGAGCCAUGACCGUCCUCACUUUGAAGCGCUUUCUUCUGGCCCUGCUGACCAUCACCCUGUCCAGACCUGACCCCGCUUUGCUUGGGUUCGCCGAGGAGUUCGAAAGCAGAGACGACGUACUCGAAAGCGAGUUCAUGUACGCCAGUCGUCCCAAACGCUCCGCCGACCCUCCCAGUGCCUCGGACCCUGACAAAUGCUCCUACACCUUCAUCGUGCCUCAGCGCAAAACCACAGGCGCCAUCUGCGUGAACUCUAAAGAGCCGGAAGCCCUGCUGGAGAACCGCGUUAACAAGCAGGAGCUGGAACUGCUGAACGGAGAGCUGCACAAGCAGCGGCGGCAGAUCGAGACGCUGCAGCAGCUGGUGGAGGUGGAUGGCGGUGUGGUCACCGAAGUCAAGCUGCUUCGCAAGGAGUCGCGUAACAUGAACGCCCGGGUCACGCAGCUCUACAUGCAGCUGCUGCACGAGAUCAUCCGCAAGAGAGACAAUGCGCUUGAGGUUUCUCAGCUGGAGAACCGCGUGCUGAAUCACACGUCAGAGAUGCAGCAGUUAACCGCACGUUACCGGGAUCUGGAGCACAAAUACCAGCACCUUGCAUCACUUGCAAGCAAUCAAAGCGCGCUUAUAGUACAGCUAGAAGAGCAAUGCAGGAGAGGAGGUGGUUUUGUUGGUGGUGGUUUUGGUGGUGUUGGUGGUGGUGUUGGUAUUGGUGGAGGUGGAGGAGCAGCUGGUGUUGUACGACAAACUCGACCUUACCAGCCACCUGCAAUCCUCCCUCAGCAACCACAGCCUCCACAACAUCGCCAACCACCUCCACCUCCACCUCCAGUCCACCAGUCCCCCGCCAGGCCAUUCCACCCACCAACCUACACUCGCCACAACAACCAGAUCACCAAUGAAAUCCAGAGUGACCAAAACAUCAAAGCAAUGCCACCGACUUUACCGACGGUGCCCCCUGAAACGCACAGCUCCUCAACAGAUAAACCUUCAGGGCCGUUCAAAGACUGUUUACAGGCUCUAGAGGAAGGACACGCCAACAGCGGCAUGUUUCUGGUGAAGCCGGAAAAUACCAACAAACUGAUGCAGGUCUGGUGUGACCAGAGACACGACCCCGGCGGCUGGACCGUCAUACAGCGACGCAUGGACGGAUCGGUCAACUUCUUCCGAAACUGGGAGACGUACAAGCAAGGAUUUGGGAACAUUGAUGGUGAAUACUGGCUUGGUUUGGAGAACAUCUACUGGCUGACCAACCAGGGCAACUAUAAGCUGCUGGUGACGCUGGAGGACUGGACAGGCAGGAAGACGUUCGCAGAAUACGCCAGUUUCCGGUUGGAGCCGGAGGCGGAUUUCUACAGGCUGCGGGUGGGUCGUUACCAUGGCAAUGCUGGGGAUUCGCUCACCUGGCACAAUGGGAAACAGUUCACCACCCUGGACAGAGAUCACGACGUGUACACAGGAAAUUGUGCCCACUAUCAGAAGGGUGGCUGGUGGUACAACGCCUGUGCCCACUCCAACCUGAAUGGCGUGUGGUACCGCGGUGGCCAUUACCGCAGCCGUUACCAGGAUGGAGUUUACUGGGCCGAGUUCCGCGGAGGAUCGUAUUCUUUGAAGAAGGUCACUAUGAUGAUCCGACCGAAUCCCAACACUUUCCAUUAGAACGUCACGUGAAGGAAAACAUUCUAAUGCGUCAUAACUCAAAAAACAUUGUAAAAAGUGCAAUGUUAAUGUGUUUCUUUUUGUUAAUUAUUGAUUGUUUACUUUGUUUAUGAGUCUUAUGAAUUCAUAAUAUGUGACCCUGGAGCACAAAACCAGUCUUAAGUCGCUUGGGUAUUUUUAACAAUAGGCAAAAAACAAUGUAUGGGUCAAAAUUAUCGAUUUUUCUUUUAUGCCAAAAAUCAUUAGGAUAUUAAGUAAAGAUCAUGUUCCAUGAAG